UUGGAUCACUGAAGAUUGUCCCUCGGUACAGACCGUACAUCAACACAAUGCUUUAAACGUAGAAUAGGAAGUCGCAGCUAUUAGGUUGGUGAGUCUGUCUCUCGUCCUUCUUAAAUCCUUCCCUUGAAUAUAAUCAUUAGGUUCUGAGCGUUUUAAAUCGCAUCGACUGCAGAUUUCUCUGCACUUGUCAACAUGGUCAACGUACACAAAGGUGUCCUGGUUGAAUGCGAUCCUGCCAUGAAACAGUUCCUCCUCUACCUGGAUGAAAAAAUGGCCCUGGGAAAGAAGUUCAUCCUCAAGGACCUUGACGACACACACGUCUUCAUCCUGGCGGAGGUGGUUCAGACCCUUCAGGAGAGAGUUGGCGAGUUAAUGGACCAGAACUCAUUCACCAUAACGCAGAAAUAACACUCAACUUUUCAAAGAAGUUUGCUUCUUGGACUUGGGGCUCUUUAAAUGAACAUGGUUUGCAAUGUUUUAACUGCAGACCGAAAUGGAGCACUUGCUCAGUUUUGUUGUUACAAUAAUGUGAAAAAACAGAAUUAAAAAAAUAUUUUACUGUAUUGA